AUGUGUUCUCACUUAACCGCCCUCUUCGGAUCUGCAAAACCUUUUAACGGCCAGUUUUGGACUGAAACUCUCUGCGACAAGGGCUCUUUUGGUUGUGUCAUUUUUGCACGGAAGAUUCACACAAAGGAAGAUGUGGUAAUUAAAGUCGAGUGCGGUGUAUUGCGCUCUUACAACGAGGUUGCAGCGUACAAAGCCCUUAAAGGUGUCUCCGGUAUCCCGCGAUUUCAUUGUCUGUACACUAUUCGAGACCAUGGGAUGAUCGUCUUGGAUCGUCUUGGCCAGAACCUUCUCAAAUAUAUGAAAUCCUGUGGGGGUUCUCUUCCUAUCAGUGAGGUAUAUGUGUUGGGAAAAGCUCUUGUAAAAAUUCUUCAUCAAAUCCAUGACCGAGGUGUCGUUCACCGCGAUAUCAAGCCUGGAAACAUCGUACUCCCGAUUAAUGGGGAGUUGCAACCUCACUUGGUGGAUUUUGGUCAUGCUAAGCGCUACCGCGACGAGACCGGAAAACAUAAACCGGAAUCUGGAGAGUGCGCCGAAGGCACGUUGCCGUAUAUGAGCAUCCACGUCCACUGCCAUACACGUUAUAGUCGCCGAGACGACAUAAUAUCCUUGACGUAUACGCUGAUUCACUUAGCUAAAGGAUCGCUCCCGUGGUGUGGACUCUCCCCAGCAGAGUGCGAGGCAAUGAAACGAGAACUUCGGUGGUCGGAGAUCACCCCUGCUCCACUCGGAUUGUUUCUAGAACAUGCUGAGGACCUAGGUUAUGAAGAGGAUCCGGACUAUUCUUACCUGGAGGAUAUCCUGGGCUAG